UCUUUGAUUUUUCUCACUUUGCAGAGCCCACGGACUUCCCGCUUCAUGCGCUCCUUUCUUCCCUCUGAAAAUCCAUCGCCGUUUCAUUUCAAUCUUUCUUCUUCUUCUUCUUCUUCUUCUUCUCAUUUGCCCUAAAUUCCCAUUCACGCCUUUAAUGCUCUCUCUUCUCUAACCCCUUUUCUAGAUCUUCCUCCCUUACCAUUUCCCACUCCUUCUCUCUCUCUCUCGCUCGCUCGGCGGUUGUUCCUCUCCAUUCCAAAAAACGCCGCCGUUUCAGAUCCGUCAGGAUUUUUCAUAAAGUCAUUCAACUUUUAAAGUGUAGGCAGCUGUCUUUUAAUGAGCCUAGGUCUUGAACUAUAAUCUUGCUGGCCUCAUGGACAAGGAGGGUUUAACUGAGGAAAAUAUCACAAGUUCUCUGUCUGCUGAAAAGUUGGACAGAGAUACGCUCGCUAUUCAGAAAGAAGGGCAGGGAGAACCAUCAAAGGAUAUGAAAUCUCUGAGUAUCAGCAGUGGUGGUCCCAAGUUAGAAAAUAAUCAUGGGGAAGAUGAAUUGGUUGACAAGGUGGACAUGAGUGGGGAUUUGAACUGCAAAGAUCAGGGAGACAAGUUAGGCAAUGAUCAAAGUCACAGAGACAUGGGUGGGAAGAGCAAUGACAGCAGGGGUUCCGAGUAUAACACACAGGAAAGAGAGUUGGACUCAAGCAAUGGACAAAAGAACCCUGCUGAUAAGGUGGAGUCAAAUACUAAAGAAGAAAAUCUUGACAAUGAUGGUAAACAUUUGAAAUCUGAAGCUCAAAAUCUAGACAAUGAUGGUAAACAUUUGGAAUCUAAAGCUCAAGAGGAGACAGGCAAAGUUUUUGGCGAGGAGAACGAGCCAGAGCCGGUCUUUGAUGGAACAGAGGUUCCGGGGAUGGAAGCUUACAGAAGCAUGUCCAUCCGUUCUCCGGAUCCUGAUUCGGAAAACUCUGGAGUAGUUGAAAAGGCAGUAGCGCUCAAAAACCUUGUUAAGGUUAAGAGUGUAGUUGCAGUCUCCAGUUUCCUUCGCCACAUUUCUGGGAACAGAAAUGAAGGUGGACCAGAUGUUGCUGAUGGUGCAGAUAUGAAUUUUUCAGAUUCCAUUCAGGACAGUGACGUUGGAGAAGCCUCUCAGAAAACAAUGGAAAGACCUGCAUGGAAUCCCCUUAGCUUUAUUAAAACAGGCCAAGACGUUGAUGGAAGGAAUAAAGCUGAGGAUGCAAGUGAUGAAACAGCACAAGCUAUAGCCAUGAAAGGGAGAAUAAUAUUGUACACAAGGUUAGGAUGCCAGGAUUGCAAAGAUGCCAGGUUAUUUUUGUAUUGGAAGAAGCUCAGAUAUACUGAGAUCAAUAUUGAUGUGUACCCUAGUAGAAAGCAGGAGUUAGAGAAAUUUUCUGGGUCUUCUACUGUUCCAAAAGUUUUCUUCAAUGAAGUCCUUAUUGGAGGCUUGAAUGAACUAAAGGGCUUGGAUGAGUCUGGCAAGCUUGAUGACAAGAUUGAUUAUCUGGUUAGUGAAGCACCAUCAUUUGAAGCUCCUUUGCCACCACUUUCAGGUGAAGAUGAUGUGUCCAAUAGUGGAGCUAUUGAUGAACUGGCUUUAAUUGUCCGAAAAAUGAAAGAAUUUGUUGUUGUGAAGGAUCGGUUUUACAAAAUGCGCAGGUACACAAAGAGUUUUUCAGGUUCAGAAGCAGUGGAUUUCUUAUCAGAGGAUCAGUAUCUAGAAAGGGAAGAGGCUAUUGAAUUUGGAAGGAAGCUUGCAAGCAAACUCUUCUUUCAACAUGUUCUUGAGGAAAAUUUGUUUGAGGAUGGGAACCACCUGUAUCGGUUCUUGGAUGAUGAUCCAAUUGUAUCUCAAUGUCACAACAUCCCAAAGGGUAUAAUUGAUGUGAAGCCAAAGCCCAUCAUGGAAAUCGAAUUAAGGUUGAGAUUUAUAAUGUGUGCCAUCUUGGAAGCCUAUGUUUCAGAAGAUGGAAAACAUAUUGAUUACAGAAGUAUCCACGGAAGUGAGGAAUUUGCAAGGUAUCUGAGAAUAGUAGAGGAGCUCCACAGAGUGGAACUGCAGGAUAUGCGGAGGGAGGAGAGACUUGCUUUCUUCAUAAAUCUCUACAAUAUGAUGGCCAUCCAUGCAAUACUGGUAUGGGGUCAUCCAGAUGGAGCAAUAGAACGAAGGAAGUUGUUUGGAGACUUCAAAUAUGUUAUUGGUGGGUCCGCGUAUUCACUUUCAGCUAUCCAAAAUGGUAUUUUACGGGGAAACCAGCGACCACCGUACAAUCUCAUGAAGCCAUUUGGUCCAAAAGAUAAGCGUGCCAUGAUGGCUCUACCUUACCCAGAGCCUCUUAUUCACUUUGCUCUGGUUUUUGGUACUCGAUCUGGCCCUGUCCUCCGAUGCUAUUCUCCAGGGGACAUUGACAAAGAAUUGAUGGAAGCAGCACGUAGUUUCUUAAGAAAUGGAGGUCUUAUUAUCGAUUUUGAUAACAAGGUUGCAUUGGCUAGUAAGAUUCUUAAAUGGUUUAGCAUUGAUUUCGGUAAGAACGAGAUGGAGGUACUGAAGCACUCAUCAAACUACUUGGAACCAGCUGUCUCAGAAGCUUUACUGGAGUUGCUUGCAAUCUCUCAGCUGAAGGUGAUAUAUCAGCCUUAUGACUGGGGUUUGAACUGUUAACGUCAGUUACAUAGCUUUCUUUCAUACACCAAAUACAGCUUUAUAUAGCUUUCCUUCUUUUACAAAAUUAGCAUGAGUGAAGUGAUGUGCUACUUUUGUUAUUGAUAUGUCCAUUUGUAGUCUGAUAGACACACAGGAAACUCAUUUGUUUGAGAAAUAGAUCUGCAGGCUUUGGAAUUCUA